UCACAUUUCUAUUGCAUUAAACAUAAUUUUACACUCAAAAUCAUCUCGUUUAUAUACGCGAGCUUUAAAACGGUGCAUCGUGUUUAUAUUUAGUCCUGAAAUUUUCAUUUUGCAUAAAUAAAUCGCUUACGCAGCGUUUCUCGCUAAAUCAUCCGGGCUUGACGUUUGCCGUAGGUUCAGCCAUAGGUGCGCGCGCAACUUUUUCGCCUACAACUGUCCCACAGCACUGCGGUUUUUUCGAAAAUCUCAAUUCUACGGUAAUCAGUUUUUCGUUAAAGGAAAUUCUGUCAUUUGUGAUUCUAUCCUUGCUAAGUGCACACGUGUUUUCGAGGAAUCUAAGUUAAAUAUCUAGCAUUAUUUAUAAUUACAACUAUAUUGAUUGUUAAUGAGUGAAGGUAAGUUUAGUAAUGAUAAUUUUAUAAAAUUAAAAUAUUUCUAGUUGACUACAAAAGUUUAGAAAUGCAUGUAUGGUGCAAAAAUAAUUUUCUGUGUUAUGUAUAGAUGAGUCGAGAGGAAAUGAAUUUUGAUGUAACAAAGCUUUUUGUAGAGGACGGAGAUAUUAUCAACAAAUCUCUGCACAAUUCUGUAGUCCUGGUACCGACAUAAUUUCUGGUCUUCGAUAACUUAAGCAACACAUUGUAUGUGCGUUAUAUGGAAGCUUCAGACAAUGUAGAGGAUGCUGAGAUGCUAUCAUCUUUGACAGCGACAAAUGAUAUAAUGCCACCAUCAAGUUGGCCUCUUUUUAAGACUGAGAUUGUCUGUGGUUGCAAAACACAUGAGCAAGCUCUUCAAGAGUACCAAAAAUUGCAGUCAAAUUCAAGUAAAGUUCAAGAUUUAAUUGAAGACGAAGACGCAAAAAUCCAACGUUUAUUGAACGUGCCAUCAAUACCGACUGAACCAUCUGAAGCCACUAAUGGAGAUGAGGCUGGCAUAACUGAUGAAGUUAUUCAAGAAGAAGCUCUGGAAAUUGCAAAUGAAGAAACAGUUUAUGAUAUUACAGCAGAAAAAAACAAUAAUUUUGGAGCUCCAAGCAACACGAAUGGACAGAAUGAGCUAAUUAAAUUGCCAAUUGUCACCAAAGAAGACUUAUUAGCAUCGCAAAAUGCAGUGAUUGAGGCAUUCAGUACAUUGAUGGAAGCUAUCGCAACAGAUGUAAAGCAGAUUAAAGAAAGACAGAUCAAUAUAGAUGCUAAAAUUAUUAAUAUGGAGAAAGACAUUCUUCAAUUUAAGACAUAUGCCAUGGAAAAUAGACCCUUUCAUGAUCAAGAUAUCAUUGUACAAUUUAACAAAAUUGAAGAAAUCUACGAAAGAAGCCUGCCAAUUAGUACCUACGAAGAAUGUCAAGCGUUUGAUGAAAAAAUAGUUGGAUAUGCCUAUACUACUUUAAAAAAUUACUUUAAUUGCAAUAUCAAUACAAAGGAAACGCAUAUACUUAUUAAAGUGAUAACUCCAUUAUUAAAAGAAUUUUUUACAAAAGAGCUCAUGGCACUGUUUACCGCUCAAAAACAACACAGAAAUAAAUUCAUUUUUAAGAAAAUUAAUUUCUACAAAUGUUUUUUGGAAGCAAUGCAGUAUGCCUAUAAUGUUCCAGGCAUUCCAGACAAAAUGACUGAUCAAUCCUUAUGCGUAUUAAUUGGCUCACUUAUUAAUAAUGCUCCGGAUUGGCAAGGCGGACGAGCUAAAAGAAGGAGACAGGACGAGGAAUAAUUUAGUCAAUGAUUUAAAAUAAUUAAAAGCAUAUUAUUCUGCAUGUUCAUCUUAUUUUGUAAGAUUUUUCAUUUCAUUAGAUUUUUGUAAAGAAUCAAUAAAAAACUAAUAUUUUAUCCUUGAA